CCGAUUGAUCUACAGUGUCGCCGAGCGUCAAGCGGUGGUGGGAGCGGUCGACGAUCCGGACCUGGUCGCGUCUGAGGUACACAUUGGUCAAAUUAUUGCUUUCCGUUGAUCCUCACGUGGCCGGUUACUAGGUAGCUGUGCGUGUUGCAGUGUUAAAUUGUGGGUGCGUUUCAGAAUAUGGACAACAGGUUAUUCCAAAAUAAGCAUCUGCCAUGGCUGCGACAUGGGUGCUCCUUGGGCGUUGCCUUUCCAAAUUUAUUGACUUUUGUCUGCAAUUCCAGUCCAAGGUAUUUAAUGGCUGGUAAAUGUAAAACUACCUCAGUUUCUCGUUUGUACAGCUUGGCGUCACCAUUAAUUGACCCAAGUGGCACCCUGCAAAUCCAUUGCCCGCUGAACAUGGUUGGCACAUGGCCUGGUCGGUUCAUUCCCCGAUAAGAGAAGUACUGACAUUGCAACAACCCCCAUGCAGCCGCAUCCAGUUCUGCACGUUCAAUCUUUGGAGGAAUUUCUAACUAUUUGUUUUAUUUCGAAAUUGAAUUUGUGACAGAAUGAUACAGAACAGCACAGCUCGCCGCAUCCUCGGUUACUUGUCGUGCUCCACUGGCAACCCCAUCGACGACUGCUGGCGCUGUGACCCGGAAUGGCAUCAAAACCGUAAGCGCUUGGCCGAUUGCGGGAUCGGCUUUGGUCGCAACGCGCUCGGCGGUCGCGACGGUGAGGUCUACGUAGUGACCGACCCCGGGGACGACGACCCUGUGAACCCGCGGCCGGGCACCCUCCGCUACGCCGUCAUCCAAGAGGAGCCCCUCUGGAUCGUGUUUGAGCGCGACAUGGUGAUCACCCUCACUCAGGAGCUCAUCAUGAACAGCUUCAAGACCAUCGACGGGCGCGGCGCCAACGUGCACAUCGCCAAUGGCGCCUGCGUCACCAUCCAGUUUGUUACCAACAUCAUCAUUCAUGGCCUCCACAUCCACGACUGUAAGCCCACCGGCAACGCUAUGGUCCGUAGCUCCCCCUCCCACUACGGCUGGCGCACCAUGGCCGACGGCGACGGGGUGUCCAUCUUCGGGGCCAGCCACAUCUGGGUCGACCACAACUCUCUCUCCAACUGCGCCGAUGGCCUUGUCGACGCCGUUAUGGGUUCCACUGCCAUUACCAUAUCGAACAAUUACCUGACCCACCAUAACGAGGUGAUGCUGUUGGGUCAUAGUGAUUCUUAUGCGAGGGACAAAAUUAUGCAAGUUACCAUCGCCUACAACCAUUUUGGAGAAGGUUUAAUUCAGAGAAUGCCAAGGUGCAGGCACGGCUACUUCCAUGUGGUGAACAAUGACUACACGCACUGGGAGAUGUAUGCCAUUGGUGGCAGUGCUGAUCCGACCAUUAACAGCCAAGGCAACAGAUACCUUGCUCCGACCAACCGUUUCGCUAAGGAGGUAACCAAGAGAGUUGAUACAGAUUCAAGUGUGUGGAAGAGUUGGAACUGGAGAUCAGAGGGCGACAUGCUGCUGAAUGGAGCCUACUUCACCCCCUCCGGGGCUGGAGCCUCUGCGAGCUAUGCGAAGGCGUCAAGCCUUGGAGCAAAGUCUUCCUCCAUGGUUGGCUCCGUCACUGUUGAUGCAGGCGCCCUGCGCUGUCGGAAGGGUGUUCAAUGCUGACUUUUCAAGACAAACUAAAGAGAAAAAGACAAGAAAAAGUAUUCUUUAGAAACCGUGAUUUGAUAUUCGUUUAGGUUUUGUAUUGUUGUAAUGAAUCAGAGUGAGUUGCAGUAAUCGUUUUACCCGUUGUCAACCUCCCCUGUUUCCUUUGUAACGGUGUCUAUGGAGCUGGAGGAAGCGUUGCUGAUUCGUUGUCGUUUGUCCGUUCCUUUUAUUUUUCACUCCUGCAGCCCAUGACCUCUUUCUAUUUGGAGCAUUUGAGCAUUGGUUUGAAGUUUAAGUAGGAUUGAUGGUGUAUUUGAGUAUUGUAAUUGAUUCUAGUCAACGGAAUUAUUGUGUAUAACAUUUCCACUUACGUUUAAA